AUGGCCGACAACGCGACUACAAGCGCAUCCGCGCAGGACCCGACGCUCGCUGGAGAAGGUGCUACAGACACCAAUGCGCUCGAUCAAGAUACAAGCAUGUUUGACGACGCAGCCAUCAAGGAGUCUUCACAUGAACCCUCCACAAACACACCUGCUCCCGUAUCAGACAAUCCGCUGGAUGCCCCGGACGGCCCGCGACCCGAAGCUGAGGAUGCCGACGGCCAGGAAGACGAGGAGAUGGGUGGCGUCGACGAUGCGAAGAAAGAAAAAGACGGCGAGGGCGCUGAGGUCGUGGACCCCGAGGCACAGGCAAAAGCUGACCUACAGUCUGCUGCGCGCUCACACUUCGUCACCCAAACCUAUGCGACCAUCAUUCCGAGCUACGCGACAUGGUUCGACAUGCGCUAUAUUGACUACCGUGAGCGCAAGGCCCUGCCAGAGUUCUUUAAUGGCCGCAAUCGCAGCAAGACGCCGGCUAUAUACCGUGACUACCGCGACUUCAUGAUCAACACGUACCGCCUGAACCCCUCCGAGUACCUCACAGUCACGGCCUGUAGAAGGAAUCUCGCGGGAGACGUUUGCGCAAUCAUGCGCGUGCACGCAUUCUUAGAGCAGUGGGGUCUGAUCAACUACCAGGUCGAUCCUCAGGAACGCCCAUCGAACAUUGGCCCGCCAUUUACCGGCCACUUCCGCGUUACUGUAGAUACUCCUCGAGGACUGCAACCCUUCCAACCAGGUCCUGGAUCAAAGGUCACAGACGGAAAGCAGCAUGCGGGCACCGACCGCGCUGCGAGCCUGCAGCCAACCGCUAAGAGCGAGACGAAGUCAUUAGCUGGACGAAACAUCUACGAGGCGAACGGCAAGGAGGCAUCGGCGGAACCCAAGGAAAAGGCCGCCAACGGUGAAGGUGCGGCGAAUGGUGGCUCAGCGGACGUCAAGGACCUCGAAGCUGCUGCCAAGGACCCUCUCAAGGUCAUCAACUGCUUCAGCUGUGGUGUCGAGUGCACGCGCGUACAUUUCCACGAGACGAAGCCUUCUGAGCAACCUGGACAAACGAAGAGUGUAGGUGGAUUGAAGCGCGAUCUGUGUCCAAGAUGUUUCGUCGAGGGCAACUUUCCCUCUGGCACAUCGUCGGCAGAUUUCACCAAGAUCUCGAACCCAGAGUAUUCAGCAGUGGCUGAAGCCGAAGAAAAAUGGACAGAAGAGGAGACGUUGCUUCUCCUUGAAGGUCUCGAGGAGUUCGACGAUGAUUGGAACCGCGUUGCGGAUCACGUUCAGACGAAGACACGCGAGCAGUGUGUGAUGAAGUUCCUGCAGCUUGAGAUUGAGGACAAGUACAUCGAGGCGGACCUACCUGAGUCGCAAUCUGCAGCUCCCUCGAAAAAGUUCCUCCGCGAUCUCGAGUACCUCAGCGAAGGUCGCGUGCCCAUUCAUCACGCAGAUAACCCCAUCCUAAGUGUCGUCAGCUUCCUAGCCGGCCUCGCUCCCGCAAAUGUCACCGAAGCCGCAGUCGCUUCAGGGCGUAGCGUUGGCGAAAUGAAGCGCAUACUCCAAGACAAAAUCAACAAGGCUCCCACCGCACCCUCAGAAAAGGGCAAAGAAAAGGAGGGCGAAAAGUCUACACCUACCGCAUCCGCUUCGGAUGUCAAGCCAGAGGGAGAAGAUGCCAUGGAAGUGGAUACCGCAGCGGACUCCACAGCCGUAGCUACCAGGGAUUCGACUGCAACCUCAUCAGGAGAUAGCAACCCCCUAGUUACCUUGCCGUUUGCGCUCUCAGCAGCUCGUUCGGCCGCCCUCGCCUCACACGAAGAGAGACACAUCACACGCCUCGUCUCGGGCUCCGUAAACCUUCAACUCCAAAAACUGCAGCUCAAACUCGCUCACUUCAACGAUUUUGAGAAGCUUCUCUCUGCUGAGCGUCGGGAUCUACAGCGUCGCCGUCAACAGCUAUUCAUGGACCGCCUCAACUUCCAGAGGAGAGUGCGCGCGAUGGAAGAUGCCACCAAGAAGAUCAGCGCGAACCUUGGAGGACAGGGCUUACCAGGGAGCCUGAGCAAUGAGGAUGCAGUGCAAGCGCUUACAGAAGCGAUGAGAAUGUUUGGCGUUGGCAAGGGCGAGGAGAGCAUUAGUGGUGUGCAGCAGCGCGACGACGAGGACGCAGCAGCUGUUCAGCCCAUCGCCGAAGAUGCAGAGGGCUACGCCAAGUUGGAGAUCUAG